AGUUCGCUCAGCUGUUUGUUGCUGUUGUAGCGAAUUGUUUGUUGGUGGGGGAAGGGAUUCCCAGCGAUUGAUACCUUUUCUCUCUCCAAAUAAAUAGUGCAUCAGGAAGAAAUUCCUGAUCAUUUUCUCAAAAGUAAGUGUACCUGUGGAGCUGUUUGUGUGUGCCAAACGUUCUCAAUCAAAUUCAAUCGUAAGAACCAUCCAAGACCCUGUGUUUUUCAUUUCGCGAUGAAUUACUUACGCACAGCAUGCGAAAUUGCACGUACAUCGUCUGGCGUUUCGCGAUCGGCGACGCUGCUACGAUCACGUAGCACCACCACCGGUCGAUCGCUCUGUUCCCAGGUCGAGCAAAAGCCACAGCAACCGAAGCCUUCUCCCGCAGGAUCCGGCAGUAAUGGAUCGACCAUCAGCACACACACCCACUCACCGAAUGCGCUGGAGAAACGUAUGCUGGUGUUUACCAAGCGGUACAAAAGCAUCGAAGAUGUUCCUAACUUUGUUAGCCAGGAAAAGAUGGAGCGUGUUCGCAAUCAGGUGCGCAUCAAGAUUGCCAACUACAUGAUGAUUGCUACCGCGAUCGGGUGCAUCGUGAUGGUGAUUAGCGGCAAGAAGGCGCAGGAGCGCGGAGAAUCCGUCGCCAAGAUGAACCUCGACUGGCACAAGGAGUACAACGAGAAGGCCCGUGCCGAGGACGAAGCAUCGGUGGCAGCUGAGUCGAAGAAAAAAUAAGCUUCCCGUAAGGCUGUGCUGUUUCAAUCUGUAACGAACGUUUAAAGUGUGAAUUUUGUUUAGGCCCUAGCAGAACGAUUAAUCCAUCGUGUAAAUACACAACACAAGCUAUGUAAACAGCGUUUUAAGGCUUAUCGGCACCCACACGUA